AUGACCUCACUUCACUUCUUUCAGUCAGCUUUGACAGCCGAACUCGCAUCCCAGGGCCUCUCGCUCGAGAUGGUCUUUGGCGGCUCUGACCCCUUGGUCAUCCGCCGCGUCAAGACCGCCGCGCUACACACCCUCCUCGCACUUUAUCCUCCACUGAUGGGGGACACAGGGACCAUCCUCUUCCUCCAGGCCGACCAUAGGAGCGCAAAGGACGUACUCGAUGCCUCACUUACCCUAGCUGCGGCGUACAUCGAACUCGUCGAGCACAAACUCGAUGUCACGCCCAUGAUGCGCAAGGCCGGCAUCCCGCCGCACCCACGGAUGCCGCAACCUCCGAGUAACCCACGUGCAACCUCUGCUUCUACUCUGAACCUCGCCAACCCCCCUCCGCCCAGUCUUCGGCCAUGGGGCAUUAUCGAGCCCAGAUUUAGCCCGCCAAAGCCCAAGCCCGAACCGAAACCAAAGCUUGAGGAGGCUCCUCCGACCUGGCCAGCGUGGUCCUGGCGGGGAGGGUGA